AUGAUGAAUGAAGAGGAUGAUCAGCAGAAGAGCCUGUCGAAUGAGGUUUGGCGUAUGGGAGCAGACUAUCGCCGCAGUUGUGAGAUGUUCGGACAUCUGUCCGCUUUGUUGAUCUACCGAUACGCCGCUAAGGCACAGAAAUCAGCCAUUCAACUGUUAGAACUCAGCAAUGCCGACGCCGAGCUGGUGCCUGUCCUCCAUUCCGUCGCAUUCGAGAUUGCAUGGACUCCCUUGAAGCAGCUGGACGACCUCAUUGAUACGCUCGUCGACGGGGGGAAUAACGCAUACUGUGCGAUCCAUCGAGAGGUGAUGAGGGGCUUUGACAAGACGCUGGACGACGACUACGCUUAUAUUUCUUUCUUGCUCCCUUCCAUACACGUAUGCAUCAAGAUCCCCUGCUCUUGUGGCGAAGGGAUGCUCUAUGGCCCGGAAUGUCUUCUGCCAAUGAUUGGAGAUGCGCAGGAUGACCGCGUUGUGUCGGAAGAGCCUACCGGUUCUAUUCGACCUCGUUUCCUAUAUUCAAGAUGUCAUCCUCGACCCGAAUUGCCAUUUUCUGGGAUGUUGCUGCAUCCUCUUAUCAUAUCUUUGUAUGCGCUUAUCUUCGAUCCAAAGGACGCAAUCGAGGUCUUCUCAAAUAUAGACAUUGAGACAUUGUUCACUCAGUUGGCUUAUAUUGCGACACUGCUGGUGGCCGCCGUGAAGGGCGAGCGCCCCGCUGGGGAGAGAGGUGAAACAUCUUCUUUUCCGUACAGCCAAUUUUAUCUCUCUCUCUCCCUCGAGUACCACACUGGCUCCCUUGAAGAAUGCGCUCAGUUUAUAACUUACUUCGGAGUGGAAGUGGGCGUUAGGAUGAGGCUUAUGCAGGAAGUGGAUCCUUGA